AUGGAUCUGUCCAAGGGCCAGCCGUUGCUUUGGAGCUCAGUCCAGCCCAGCUUCUCUCCACUGCUGCAGUAUGAAGGCUCUCAGGAGAGACUCAACCACACCUACAGCUUCCACAGCUCUCUAAUGCUGUCCUCCACCUUCAGCUCCCCCACUACAUCCGCUUUUGUCUACCAACCCUCCUCCUCCUCCUUUCCUUUGUCUCUGUCCAACUUUUCCUCUAAUGACUUGGCCGAUCUGGAGAGCAUGCUGCUGUGGACCCUCCAGGAGCCCAGCACCAUUGCUCUGACCAUCAUGUACUGCCUAUCCUUCAUUCUGGGAUUCAUUGGGAAUUUAAUGUCCCUGCGUGUCCUCACCAACAGGCGCAGCCGGCGGCUGGCCAGUGUCAGUGCCACGCGCAGUCUACUGGUGAACCUGGCGGUGUGUGACCUGGCCGUGGUGUGUGUCUGCAUGCCCAUCACUCUGGGGAGCCAGAUCUACAUGGCCUGGGUUUACGGUGACCUCCUCUGUCGAGCCGUGCCCUUCACGCAGGCCGUCUCAGUCUCCGCCAGCGUGUUAACACUGACGGUUAUCAGUGUGAAUCGCUACUACAGUGUUCAAUCACCUCUGCAAGCUCGCUCCAUGUUUACCCGCCGGCGAAUCUUGGCAACUGUCGCCGUGGUGUGGACGGUGUCCUCGAUCAUGUGCGCUCCUAUUGCAGUGAUGAACCGGAGGCGGGAGAUCAGCUUUGGGACUUUCGCCAUCUUGGUCUGUCAGGAGGAAUGGCCUCAGCAUCGCCUUAAACAGGGAUACAAUGUGCUACUAUUUCUGAUGCUGUACUGCCUGCCCGUGACCUUUAACCUCACCAUAGGCUUCCUCACUGGGAGGCGGCUUUGGGGAGGGAAAAAAUCUACUUUCGCCGAUCUCGAUCCUCGCAGCCAGGCUCUGCACACCUCGCGCCUCAAGACUCGCCAGAAGAUCGCAAAGAUGGUGGUGUGUCUGGUGCUGCUGUUUGCAGUUUCCUGGUUGCCGCUGUACUUGGCCGACCUUUGGAUCGACUGUGAGCAAAGGCCACCAUCUUGGCUGCUGCAGACGCGACCGUUUGCCCAGUGGCUGGGCCUGACGAACUCCAGCCUUAACCCCAUCUGUUACUGUUUCAUAGGCGACCUGUAUCGCUCAGCAAAGGUGAUACGGACGCGAUACUACCAGAAAGUCGCCGCUGUCUUCAGCUCCUCCUCCUUGCAGUCUUCUUCUUUUCUCACAUUUAAAAAUACGCACCCCGGGUCUCGAGACUGCUACGGCUGUAGUCACACCCAGAAAUAUCAUUAUCAGCAUACAGACGGGUGA